GGAAGUUCCGCAGUGUAAGCCGCCAGUCGCUGCGCGUGAUCAUUUAAUCAGCUAAAUAUUGGUAAAAAGUGUACAUCGGAUUUUAAAGCGUCAAACGGAAACCAGAAUGGCCUCUGAUUCGGGCUACGGUCAGCACGGAGCUGCACAAAGCUAUGGUUCGUAUGGAAGUCAGCCGACUGGACAGGGUUAUAGUCACGGAAAUGGUGGUGGCUCUUAUGGGGGACAAAGCUAUGGUGGUUAUGGACAGUCAGCAGAGGGAUACAACCAGUCUUCACAAGGUGGUUAUGCACAGCCGCAGAGCUAUGACAGUUUUGGGCAGCAGACUACUCAGGACUCAUCUGGGUUUGGUGACAAGUCUUCAACUUAUGGACAAGGAUCAGGGUCCUAUGGCCAGCAGCAGGGGUCUUAUGGCCAACAAGGAUCGUAUGGUCAGUCUCAAGGAGGAGGCGGCGGCGGCGGCAGCAGCUAUGGAAGACGGAAUGAAGGUGAUGCUGCCGGUCAGGGUGGGCGUUAUGGACGAGACGAUGGCGGCUCAGAUCGCCCAGAAGGAGGGGGCUUCAGAGGUCGAGGCCGUGGUGGUGGCGGCUAUGAGCGUGGCGGCUAUGACCGCGGUGGUUAUGACCGCGGUGGCAGCGGCUAUGAGCGUGGUGGCGGAUUUGACCGUGGUGGAAGAGGUGGACCUCCUGGUAUGGGAGGUGGUGACCGUGGUGGCUACAAAAAUUUCGGUGGAUCUCGAGACUACGGCCAAAGGGAUGAAUCAGGUGGUGAGCAGGACAACUCUGACAACAACACCAUCUUUGUUCAAGGACUAGGAGAAGAAGUCACAACUCAGGAAGUGGGCGACUACUUCAAACAGAUUGGUAUCAUCAAGGUCAACAAGAAGACUGGCCAGCCCAUGAUUAACCUCUACUCUGACAAGGCCACGGGUAGGCUAAAAGGAGAGGCCACUGUCUCAUUUGAUGACCCACCUUCUGCCAAAGCUGCAAUUGAUUGGUUUGAUGGCAAGGAGUUCAAUGGUAAACCCAUCAAAGUGUCCUUUGCCACCAGGAGAGCAGAGUUCACACAAAGAGGGGGGGGGAGAGGGGGAAGAGGAAGCGGAGGUUUUAGAGGUCGCGGUGGUGGCGGUCCUAGUUUUGACGUAAAGGGGGGAGACUGGCCUUGUCCCAACAGCUCAUGUGGAAACAUGAAUUUCGCACGGCGGUAUGAGUGCAACAAGUGUGGCGCACCCAAACCAGGAGGAGAUAGCUUUGGAGGCGGAGAGCGUGGUGGAAGGGGCGGCUAUGGUGGUGACAGAGGUGGUGGAUUCAGGGGCCGUGGUGGGUUCCGUGGGGGAGACCGUGGAGGCUACGGUGGAGGUGGUGGAGGAUAUGGAGGAGGCUACAAAAUGGGUGGAAGGGGUGACCAUAGAGAAGACAGACGAGACCGGCCAUACUAAGUGUUCAGCAGACACCAUUCGAGCCCAGGGGUGGUUGAUGUUGGUUUCUUAGGGUUUGAGGAAAGGGGGGGGGGUAGAUGGAGAUUCUGUUUUUCAUACCAUUCAUUACCAUUGCAUCCCAUGUUUUGCUUUCUGGUCUGUCAGUGAGGGAAGGAUGCACAGCUACUGUGAUGGGACCUUUAGGCUGAUUGGAAGCAUCAGUUAGGUUCAUAUGUUGGGUUUUUUUUUUCUUCUUUUGUUUGGUUUCAUUUCUUUGUACAUCUUAAUUUCUUGAUUCUAGGCCCAGAUCUUAUUUGUGUGGUAGACUUGGUAUCAUUGUUUUGUAUGAAAGAAUUAAAGUGUUUUACUGGAGUACUUUUUUUCCCAAAACAUUAAAAGCUUGUCCUUUUGCCUGUUGUAAUACUUUUUAUUUCCCGUGUACAAAAUAAUAUCCGGUUCUAGAACUGUGCGCUAGCAACUUGGAGGUUCUAGAACUGUGCG